GGAGGAGGAGGAAGACCACAACAACCACAGGGCUGCUGUGUGUCCUUGUCAAAAGUCGCAGAGGGAAUUCACUGCUGGCAACAAAUCCAGCUCCUCGCUGUCUGGGAGCAGAGCUGAACGCCAUGCGCCCUGCAACCCACAGCAGGCUCUGUCCGUCUCUGCCGGUGUGAGGGGCAGAUUAAGCCCAGACCCCGCAGCCUGAGCCCCGCCUGGUCCCGAAGAGAGCAGCAGUUUGGGGUUUUUUGGUUGGUGGCAGAACGGGAACAUGUGGUCCUGCAGCGGCCAAUGCUGAGCCCAGAGCAGGCAAUCAGCGCCGCGAGAGCAGAGCCAGCAGCGGCUUUCUGUGCAGAAAGAAAUCCCUCUUAAAAAGACAAGACACACGCACAGAGACACAGGGAGAGAAAGAGAGAGAAAGAGAGGGGGAGGAUUUGUUACGGAGCAGAAGAUGGGGAUGCAGAGGGAAGUGGAUGUUGCAGAGGAGGCUGCAGGGAGGUGAAAACAAACAUCACGACCAGCCCUGCGCGCCCAGCCCCAAGAUGUAGGCGCUGGUUGAUCCCAGGGUGUCUGUGAACGCGCCGUGACAUCCCAGGACUUGUUGUGUUUCAAGGAUAGUGAAGGUGGACGCCUGCAACCUGAGAAGCCCCCCCCCCCCCCCUCAUCCACUUCCACUUAGGAUGACAAAUUAGUGUUUAUAAGGCGAGGAGCGAAGAAUCAUCCCGCGGUCGCAGCCAGAUUCCUCCACAUGUUUUGUUUUUCUUCUUCGUUUUUUUUGCUGAAGGGGUCUUAAGCGACGGCUCCCCUUUUUUGCGCAACGCGCCGAGGCUUGGCACCUCUGGAUGCGCCGUGGCUAUCCGGGGAUCAGAUGUUGUCCACAGCUCAGCAGAUGCUGCAGGACAGCCGCUCCAAGAUCGAGCUGAUCCGACUGCAGAUCGUCAAAGUCACCCAGGCCGGCGGCGGUGGAGGAGAAGGUGGAGGAAACCAGAACCUCUCUGCUCAUAGAGCAGUGUCCCCGCUUGCCGUCGGUCCAGUGGACAAACGUUUGGCGGAGCUGCAGCUCUACAUGCAGAGGGAAACCGACGCGCUGGUGCUGCACAAAGACGUGGUGAAGCAGCUGAAGGGGAUCUCAGAGCUGGACCAGAACGCUCUGGCUGAGGCUCAGUUUCGGGUGCAGGAGUCCUCCCAGAAACUGGAACUUCUGCGACUGUCCCUGGAGAAAUGGCUGCAGGAAAAGAACCGCGAGGGUCCGCGGCUGCCCGCCGAUGGGAUCGAUGCCCCGGAGGGAACGCUGCCAUCAAAGGACCCCAAACCGGCGUGUCCGCUCCCCUCCUCGCCGUCCGUCUUCUCCAUGCGCCCGGCGUCUUUAACCGGCAAAGUUGAAGUCAGACUUCUGGGAUGUGAGGAUUUACUGAAACCUCCUCCAGACUCGGAGCAGGAAAAUCCUUCGCUUCCCUCUGAAAACGGUCCGGCUGUUCCUCACAAGACUGACGGCUCUGCAGCGGCCGAGGUCAGCGCGGUGCUUCGUCUGGACGGCAGAGUCGUCGGCCGGACCGGCUGGGCAGCAGAGAGCCGGCUGAGCUGGGAUCAGGUGUUCUACGUCCAACUGGAGCGGUCUCGAGAGCUGGAGGUUUGCGUGUUCUGCCGGCACCGCAGGGCGAUGUGCGCGGUCCAGCUCCUGCGGCUGGAGGAGGUUCUGGAGAACCCGGAUCACAGCCAGGGCUUCGACCUGGAGCCGCAGGGCCUCCUCCACAUCCAGUUCCAGUUCAUGGACGCCGUGGUGGAGCGGCAGCCGAAACUGAGACGCCAACGAUGCAUUUUCACUAAAGAGAGAGGGAAGAAUUUCCUCCGAGCUGCUCAGAUGAACAUGAACUUUGCCACAUGGGGUCAUCUGAUGAUGAGCAUCCUCCCUCACUACAGCUCUUUCCCCGCCUUCAGCUCGCAUCUCUCCACCACGUCCGACCUGAUCGCUAACAGCUCCCCGCAUCCGACGGAGAGGAAGCCUGAACCGGCAUCUUCACCGCCAAGCGAAACACCGUUAAUCAGGCUGAGCGUCUCUGAGGACCAGCUGCCUCCCAUCGGCAUCGAGCAGCAAGAAAACUCCCCCAAUGGAAUCGCCACAGAAGAAAAAACAUCAUCAGUGCCUCCACUGCAAGAAAAAUUGAUAUCCAUACACCAUCCAUCCAGUCCAAACACUGCAGAUGGAUGUGAGGAUCAGCCUGUAUCCACCCUGAAGAUGAAGGUGGAAGACUUUAAAUACACGUCAGUUCUGGGACGCGGACACUUUGGAAAGGUGCUACUGGCUGAGUUCAAGAAGACAGGAAGACUGUACGCCAUUAAAGCCUUGAAGAAAAGAGACAUUGUGACUCGCGACGAAGCGGACAGCCUGAUGAGCGAGAAGAGGAUCUUCGAGAUGAUCAACGCCUCCAGACACCCGUUCCUGGUGCACCUCCACGGCUGCUUCCAGACCUCCGACCACGUGUGUUUUGUCAUGGAGUAUUUACCCGGCGGCGACCUGAUGAUCCACAUCCACAGCGACGUCUUCUCAGAAGCGCAGACCAGGUUCUACUCGGCAUGUGUCCUCCUGGGUCUAGAGUUCCUGCACCUGAACAAGAUCAUCUACCGAGAUCUGAAGCUGGAUAACAUACUGAUGGACGCCGAGGGAUAUGUCAAAAUCACAGACUUUGGGCUUUGUAAAGAAGGGAUGGGUCACGGAGAUCAGACGUCCACCUUCUGUGGGACUCCGGAGUUUCUGGCCCCUGAGGUCCUGACCGACGACACCUACACCCGGGCUGUGGACUGGUGGGGGAUGGGCGUCCUCAUUUAUGAGAUGCUCGUUGGGGAGUCUCCAUUUCCUGGUGAAGAUGAAGAGGAGGUGUUCGAUGGCAUUGUAAACGAUGACGUGCAGUACCCAGCGUCUCUACCGGCCGAUGCCGUCUCCAUCAUGCAGAAGCUGUUGAAGAAGAACCCUCUGAAAAGACUCGGAGCUGGAGAGAGAGAUGCAAACGAGGUCAAAGGAGAGAAAUUCUUCGAGUCCAUCGACUGGGAAGCCCUGAUGGCCAAGAAGUUAAAGCCGCCCUUCGUGCCGUCCAUCAAGGAGCCCACAGAUGUCAGCAACUUCGACAGCGACUUCACCCGCCUCCAGCCGGUCCUGUCUCCUCCCUCCAAGCCCUUCAGCCUCUCUGCAGAGCAGCAGGAGGCUUUCGCGGACUUUGACUUCUGUGCUUUGCAUGGCUGAACGAAGGACAGAGGAGACCCAAUUGUGGGCGAUGCCGUCCGCUUCGACGGGUAACAAACAGGUACCAAAUAUGCAUGUUGCCAAGUAUAAUCAUCCAGUGUUUCCUCCAGUAGCAGAAGAACACUGACGUUAUCAUUUUUUCUAGUGCUGUAUUAGCUGGUCAUUAAUACAGUAAACUGGUGUAACACCAACCCCACUCUGGACUCUGGUAACCUCGUUUUGCUCUCGAUUGUUACACCAUUCAGACCUCAGUGACUGAUUAUCAAAGAAAACCAGUUGUCAGAAAAAAGAACAAAGUAAGCAUAGCAUAGCGGAGCGUGGUAUUGAUCCGCUUUAACAAGCAGGACUUUCAUCUUUCAAUCAGAUUCGAUCUCACUGGAUGACAUUUAAAGAAAGUUCUCCUGACCCAGUCUUGACUGUGUCUUUGAAUAGAAAAAGAUCUAUGGCCAUUUCUGCAGCUCAAACAUUUACAGACGGGACAAAGCAAUCAAUGCAUCUCCGCUGACUGUUCUCAAGUCACCGUCCAAUCAACAGCUAGCUGUCGAUUAGGUCAACAGUCGGUUAUUUUUAACGGAGCAGAGGACGUGACAGUAGACGUUAUCAUCCGUGUGGAGGAUUAGACUCUGAUCCGACUUUCAGUCCAAAGCAAAACAAACAGAAACAACAUCAGUUAUCAUAGCAGUUUUUCUAUAAAACAUACCUGGACCGAUUAAAUACGUUAAACUGAGAUGAACGAGGGAUGAUUGAGGAAAAUAUAACCGUGGACGUCCUCCAUGGGGGGAGGGCAGGGCUUCCAGACGUUCGUGUUUAAAUCCGAGAACUUCUCUGUGUGACAAACGUCCUGUUAACUCUGUUUGACGUGUUUUAUUCCUUUAAAGUCUCCUAUUUAAAUGUUCAUUUUCAGAUUUUUUUUAUUUUCUGACUCUCGCUGUUGUUGCGGUGACCUUGACUGUCCUGAGAGGCGCCUGCAGAUGAAAUGUUUCAUCUUUGAUAUUAUUCUGUAAAACACUUUAAUAGUUUAUUUUUCUAGCUCAACAAGAAGACAAAAUGAAUCUAGAAUAACCGCAGAGAUGCAACGUAUUUUACUAAAGAUGGGUUCGAAACGUUCACUCUCUCUCUCGCUAUUAGCUUUAUAAAGUAGGAAGUUGCAGACAACGUAGAUAAUUACGCAGGAAUAUUCUUAGGUGAUGUUGCACCAGCAGGAUGUAAUAAAAUAUAAUCCUAAAUCUGAGCUGAUGGACUGAAAAUAGAUCUUAAUUGACUUAAUUAGUUAAUUAAUGGGAUUGCCUAGAGGUUACAGCAGGGUGGUUGUGUUCUGGAGAGGCUGCAAAUUCCCUGGUUCAAAUCCCAAAGACUGCCACUUUGGGUCCCUGAGCAAGACCCUUAGCCCUAGAAGUGGCCCCCAGGGGCCACACAGUGGCAGACCCCAGCCCCCUGAGGGAUGGGUUAAAUACAGAGAACCUUUUCAUCACAAUCGUUGUUGUAGUGACAAAUAAAGGUUAAUAUUAUUACUGUCAUGUAAUUAUAAUUUUUUAAUUUGGAUCAGCUGUCUCUAUGAUGCUGACAUUUAAUUUAGCAACUGAUUUUAACUAAUUAUCUUUUUAUUUGUACAAAGUGCAGCUGAAAAUGUAAUAAAUAAAUAAGGUACUUAUAUUUUUUCAUAAAAAGAUGUGAAAUCUCUCAAACAAAAUACAAGAUUUUAGCA